UUUCAAUAUUAAAAACGAUACACAAAAAGGCUGAGCCAAGAAUUUUUUGAAAAUGCAAGAAAAUCGAGGAUAUAAAUCCUUGUCUGCAGAUGCAUUGACUUCCCUGAAGACUAUGGCAAGUGAUUCUAAGAAGAGAGGUUUCAUAGUAAAGGAUGGAACAUUUUUAGGAGGACUUGUUGUGGUAUUAUCUAAUCCUGAUGUAAAAAUUGUCACAACAGCUCUAGAGACAUUAAUCCUUCUGGCUGAAGUGUCAGAGUACAGACCAACACUAUCAACAUUUAUUGGUUUGAAUGAACAAGUAGAGAUCCUACUAAACAGAGAAAAUGAAAAUAUUGCUAACCUUGCAGAAAGAUUGUAUGAUUUAUUAACACAGAAACCAGAGAAACAUGCACCAUUAAAAGAUUCAUUUAAUUCAUCAGGAACUAAAUCAAGGCAAGGAUCAAGUAAAAACAAAAGUGUAAAUGGUGGCAGGACAAAGCAUAUAAUAUUACAGAUACGAGGACUUGUAGUCAAGAAUGACAAAGAUGUUGUAAUGAGAUUGCUACUGCAUGUUAAAGGAGUUGUUAGUAUAACCUUUGACCUAAAUCAGAAGAGAUGUAUAAUGAGAACAAAACAAGAUGUCAAACCAGAGACUUUAGCCCAAGCUGUAGCAAAGUCACAAACCAUGACAGCCCAACAAGUGGUUAGAGAUGAAAAUGGAGAGGAGAAACUUAUAGCAUUUGGUUCCAACAUGAGAGACGUGGACAAGGAGAAUACAACAUUGCCAGAUUAUCUACCAGAGGAUGUAGACAGUCCAAAAGCUCACACUAAACCUCUAGCAAGAAAUAAAGCUGAUAACAAAAGGGAAGGUGGUUGGCUUAGUUCUGCUGCAACUUUCAUAACAAAUUCAUUUUACUGGUGAAUUUUGUAUAAUUUGAACAAUCUCAACAGGGCAGCAGUAUAAGAACAAUGAGUAGGAAAUAGAAGUCUUGACUGAUUUUAUAUCUGGAAUAGGUGCAAGAAAUGCUAGUGUAUAUUAAUUAAAAGAUGACAGAUGUGUUUCAAUAUAGAUUUAUGUAUGUCACUAUCAAAAACCUAUUCAAUCAUAAAUGUACAUGUUUUACAGAAGUUUACUGUAAACCCUGCUUAAUCAUAUGAGAUGAAAAUAAGAAUGAAAGAUGAAAGUACAGGUUUAUUACUAAUUUAAAAUUUAUUAGUCACCUUUUGUUUUCUUUUGCUGUUUUACUGUUACUUUCUUACUCUUCAUUUCUUUUUUUCUGUUUCUUUACUCUUAUUAUAGUUUGAUGAAUUAUUUUAAUUGUUUUAUUUGUUUUAAUUGUACAAAAUGAAUAAAUUUACUUUGUACAUUGACA